AUGUCACUUGAAAUGGAAGAUCCCAGACUCGAUUAUGCUUGUGCUAAAUUCAACAAAGGAGUCUUUAGCCCAGGAAUCAGUACUUUUAAUCAAGACCGCGAACAAGCAGAGUCAUUGGUCUCCACCAACGCCGUGGUCGAAAUAAUAAAAGACUUGAAAGACUAUGACACUGUUUCACGCCCUGUUAACAAGGUACAAGACGGGAAUGAUGUGAAGGUAAUUUAUUCCAUGAAAUGUCCACCUUUACGACGUGAAAAGUCUGUUGUGUUUCGAGACACACCAGAUGGGAAUAUAGAGGUAGUUAAAGUCACAUUAAUUUGA